AACAAGAAUAAGAAUUUUCCUUUCUCCCAAACAGACCAAAGCAGCUGGCACCACUCUCCCCUUUGCACAAUCCUUCAUUUAUUUUUGAGAAAAGGAAAAUCAGAAAACAAGUGUCAGCGCAGCGGUGAUGAUGGAUGAGUAGAUCUGAAUGCACUAUUCUCACUCGUCAAUGUAAUUUUCAAGCUUCGUCUCCCUUUUGAAAUUUGGGAACUUUGAGCUGGAGAUUUAGGUUUUGUGUUUUGGUAUCAGUAAUGGUGUUUUGGGAGGGAUAUGUGAGUGAUGAAGCAAUGGGCACAUUUGCCCCGAUUGUGGUUUACUGGUUGUAUGCUGGAUUUUAUCAGCUUUUGCCGCCAUUGGAUAAGUUCCGGUUGCAUACCAGGAAAGAGGAGGAAGAGAAGAAUUCCGUGCCGCUCUCCUCUGUGAUUAAGGGUGUUUUGCUUCAACAGCUGGUUCAAGCAACAGUUGCUCAAUUGCUCUUCCUGUUAACCUCAAAGUUUGAUGCCUCCGCAACCCCAAUCCAGCCUUCCAUUCCUAUGCAAAUUGUGCAAAUUAUUGUCGCAAUGUUCACAAUGGAUACAUGGCAGUAUUUUGUGCAUCGUUACAUGCAUCAAAACAAGUUUUUGUACCGUCAUGUUCACUCCCAACAUCAUAGGCUGGUUGUUCCUUAUGCGAUUGGGGCUCUUUACAAUCAUCCACUUGAGGGUCUGCUGCUUGAUACUUUUGGUGGGGCCAUUUCUUUCCUUGUCUCAGGAAUGACUGCAAGGACAGCUGUAAUUUUCUUCUGCUUUGCUGUGACUAAAACCGUGGAUGAUCAUUGUGGAUUAUGGUUGCCAGGCAAUAUCUUUCAUAUUUUCUUUCAGAAUAACACUGCUUAUCACGACAUCCACCACCAACUUCAAGGCACGAAGUACAACUACUCCCAGCCAUUCUUCUCCAUAUGGGAUAGGCUUCUGGGAACUUACAUGCCUUACACUCUUGUGAAGCGAGCUGAAGGAGGUUUCGAGGCAAGGCUGAAAAAGGACUAGUUCCAUUCUGAUGAUUUGUCUAGUGUAAUACGUAUGGCUUUUAGUCCGCACGGGAAAUAUAAUUUUUGCUGGGGUUGUGCCAUUCCUGGGAAGUUGAAUCAGAGUCGUUUGUUUGAGGAUUUAAUCCUAGCAUUCUAGCAGGAUUGACUGGGGUUGUUCAUCCCCUUUUCUAGUUGUGCUAGACACUGGACAGUGUUGUGCCUGGUUGAUUAGAGAAUUUCACCGACCGGUAAUGUGAAAUGUAAUUGUGCUAUUGUUGAUCUGUAGCAUAUUGGUUUUGUUCUUCGGUUGUGUUGGGAUCAUAUGAAUUGCCUUUGUAUUCAAUCUUUAAUUGCUUUGAGUCCUGAUCAAGUUUAUUGUU